CCUUCACUCCGCCCCGCCCGCGUCUGCCGCCCAGCCCCAGCAGCAGGCUACCAACGACCCGCUGCUUCCACUUUCAUAAAGGCAAGGAGCCAGAGAUGUGGGCAUAUGCACCUGGAGAGCUCGCAGCUGGCUAUGUGCCUACAGUAGACGUCAGUGACAUCUCCACUAGCGGCGAUGAGGGCGAUGACGCUUGGCUCAACAGCGCUGCUGCUCAGGGAACGGGUAGUGGAGAUGAAGACGAUGGAGAAGAUGGUGAAGGGGGAGGGAAAGGUGCCAGCUCUUCCACAGGAGGCGCCAUGGAGACGCAGUGCAAUUGGGAAGAAUGUCGAAUCAUCUUUGACGAUAUGACAAAGUUCAUCGACCAUUUACACAACGACCACGUCGGCAUCUCCCGCUCCAAGUACACAUGCGAAUGGACAGGAUGUCCUCGAAGGGGAAAGCCUCAGACAUCAAGAUUCGCGCUUCUCAGUCAUUUGCGAAGUCAUACGGGAGAGAAGCCCUUCACCUGUCCCAGACCAGAAUGUGACAAGUCCUUCACGCGCUCGGACGCUCUGUCGAAACACAUGCGAAUUCAGCACGACAUUCAACCUGUAGCAGCUCGCGGAGGAAGAGGUGCAGGUAUCGCCGGUACUCUCAAUUCCUCACCUGCAUCGGCAACGUCUGGCCCUGCCCCUGCCAGCCUAGUGCCCACUAGAACUUCGGGCAGGAGAUCUGCAGGCUUUGGAAAGAGAGACUCGUCAGCAAUUUCGGGACGAGGAGAUGGAUACGAUGACGAUAUGGCCGACGGCUCAUUGCAAGGGACAGCAGACUACUACGAGAGCCUACCUGGCCAGCCAAGUCGAUGGGAGUACGACGUUCUCUUUGGUCCCGGCAGCGUCUACCAAGGGGGAGCUACAGCCAGUGGCAGCACGGCAACCUCUCGAAAAGCGGGCGCUCGCGCGGCAAAGACAGAAGAAGGAGCGGCUUCCCUUUCGACUACCGGGCCGAAUCAGAAGACGGUCGCCUCGUUGACUUCCGAGGAGCUGGGUAUCGAGCGCUUUGCUACGCUGCAAGAGCGUCUUGCGCUGCGAGGUGAUGUGACUUCUGCCGAUGACAGCGAACCGUCUGGCCUGUCUAGCUCUCUCGAGGCCACGCUGGAGGUCGCCCGGAGGAAUUGGGUCAAGGAGAUGGCUCGGCUGCAGAAGGCCGAGCUGGACACUGAAGGCGGCAGUAACGGAGCUUUCACGAACAGUAUUAGGGAUACAGUCAAGACAGAAGCUGAAGCUCUCAACGAGCAACAAGAAGGCGGCGACGAGCACAUGGCCGGAGAGGGGCUAGCAGGAGCCGCCGCUUCCCCGCCAGCCGCCCCAUCGGGUCUGUCCCUUUUCACCAAUUCGCCAGUCCCAUCCGCAGCUCCAUCACCACCACCACCGACCAACGGCCGAGCCUCCUCCCGCCUGUCCGGUCGCCGAUCCCUGGCUUCGCCCAGCAAAAGCUCCCGCUCUCAAACACUAGCUUCUGCGGCAGCAGCAGCAGAAGACGCCAUCUUGAACUGCACCUCCACCUCUACUGCCGACCUUGGCACAAUCCGUAAAGCCUGCUUGAUCGAAGAGGCUAAGUUGAACUGGUUGAGGGGCGAAAAUGCCCGAUUGGUUGCGGAGUUGGAGGAAGCGGUGAGAAUGGAGAAGGAGGCGAGGGGCCUGAAAAGGGAGGCACUGGAGGCAUGUCUUGAAGGAGAACUUGGAGCCGACGUCCGCGGAAUCUUCACCCCUCCCCCCACCCCGCCCCUCGCAGCUCAAGCAGACCUAGAAGCAGAUGCUCACUAUCACCAUCAACAGCAGCUCCUCCUCGAAGCAGAGCAGCAGCAGCAACAACAGCAGCAGCAGCAUGGAGCUGGAUUUGCUGCCAUGAGGGAACUUCUUGCUGCUGCGCAGGCUGCGGGAAAUGGGGCAAAUGGAAGUGGGAACGGAAAUGGUGUUACGGUGGAGGGUCAAGCGGAGGCGGGGAUCAAAGUCGAGUGAGACUAAAAGCGGGGUAGCGGGACUUGGACAUGCCUUUGGUCGUUCCUCGGUACGGCGAGUCGCACUUGCGCAAGAGCAGAUUCGGGGUGAGGAGAGGAGAGGAGAGGAGCUGCACAGAGGAGUACCUACAGCGGGCUCCCCUCUCCCUCUUGCACGUGUGUAUCAGUGGCGCUCAGCAUGAGCUGAGCUGUCCUGUAUCUGUCUCUUUCUCUGUUCCACUUACUUUACAUGAGCAAUUCAGGGCACAUCUAAGCGACCAACCUAU